CGGGAAAAUAUUGUGGCCCGAUAAUGAAUUGGCGGGAACGAUCGCCUCCUCCUCGCUCCUCCCCACUCUCUCUCUCUCUUCUGUUAUAUAUAAGCUCUGCGAAUUGUUGAAGGGCUUCAUUGUCAAGGCUGUGUUGAAAAUGGCGAAGAGGAAGAAAGUUAGGGUUUCGGAGGAGCCAGCGUCUGAAGGAGAAGAAGAUCAAGAGAUGGAGUACGAGGAUGAAGUUCCAUCUUCUUCUGCUGCUAAUAAAACCCUUUAUGAGGUUCUUGGUGUAGAGAAAUCUGCUACUCAGCAGGAAAUAAAGAAAGCAUAUCACAAAUUGGCAUUGCGGCUCCAUCCUGAUAAAAAUCCCGACGAUGAGGAGGCCAAAGAAAAAUUUCAGCAUUUGCAGAAAGUAAUGGCCAUUCUUGGGGAUGAGGAAAAGCGAGCAAUCUAUGAUCAGACUGGUUGUGUCGAUGAUGCUGACCUCGCGGAUGAUGCUGUCCAGAAUCUGCAUGAGUUUUUCAGAACCAUGUAUAGAAAGGUCACUGAAGCUGAUAUUGAGGAAUUUGAAGCAAACUAUAGAGGAACUGAUUCAGAGAAGAAAGAUUUGAUUGAUCUUUACAAUCAGUUUAAGGGAAAUAUGCCUAGGCUCUUUUCUUCAAUGCUAUGUUCAGAUCCAAAGCUCGACUCUCACAGAUUCAAGGAUAUUAUUGAUGAGACAAUUGCUGCAGGCGAACUGAAAUCAACUAAAGCAUAUCGCAAAUGGGCAAAAAAAGUGUCUGAAACAAAACCUCCAACCAGUCCUUUAAGAAGGAACCGCAAAUCAAAUAAAGAGUCAGAAUCAGAUCUGUAUGCACUUAUAUCUCAGCGCCGAGUCGAAAGGAAGGGCAAAUUCGAUUCCAUGUUCUCAUCCCUAGUGUCCAAAUAUGGUGGGGGUGGUUCUUCUUCUGAACCGAGCGAGCAAGAAUUUGAGGCUGCACAAAAGAAGGUCGAGAGCCGCAGGGUCUCUCAGAAAUCGAAGCGCAAGUCUUAACUGUCAUCUUGUGGAGGUUUUGGUCCAUUUAUGUAUAAAUAUUGAUUCUGCAUACACUACUGUCUGCCAAUGCCUAAGUGUGUGAAGUAUUUGGCUGUGUCUUGAUUCAAGAUUUUAGAGCAGCAGAAGAAACAUAAUCUGACAUGUCUUGAAAUGCUUAUGUGCUUAUAUCAAUUAGACAAUAUAAAUUAUGGUGUGUCAUGGUACAAUUUGAUUGCUAAUGAUUCAAGUUUUUAGCAGCGGUGUAAUUAGAUAGACAAUCUUUAUUUGUUGAGAUAUCAUUGUUUUGAGUUGUUAAA